AUGGCCCAGCAGCAGAUGACCAGCUCGCAGAAGGCCCUGAUGCUCGAGCUGAAAUCCCUGCAGGAGGAACCGGUGGAGGGCUUCCGGAUCACCCUGGUGGACGAGUCCGACCUCUACAACUGGGAGGUGGCCAUCUUCGGACCCCCCAACACCCUCUACGAAGGCGGCUACUUCAAGGCGCAUAUUAAAUUUCCUAUUGACUACCCCUAUUCACCACCUACCUUCAGAUUCUUGACCAAAAUGUGGCACCCCAACAUUUAUGAGAAUGGAGAUGUAUGCAUUUCGAUUCUUCAUCCGCCUGUAGAUGACCCACAGAGUGGAGAACUGCCUUCUGAAAGGUGGAAUCCUACUCAGAAUGUGAGGACUAUCCUAUUAAGUGUAAUCUCACUGCUUAAUGAGCCCAACACCUUCUCCCCAGCCAAUGUCGAUGCUUCAGUUAUGUUCAGGAAAUGGAGAGACAGUAAAGGAAAAGACAAAGAAUAUGCUGAAAUUAUUAGGAAACAAGUUUCAGCCACUAAGGCCGAAGCAGAAAAGGAUGGAGUGAAGGUCCCCACAACCCUGGCGGAAUACUGCAUCAAAACUAAAGUGCCUUCCAAUGACAACAGCUCAGAUUUGCUUUACGACGACUUGUAUGAUGACGACAUUGAUGAUGAGGAUGAGGAGGAGGAAGAUGCCGACUGUUAUGAUGAUGAUGAUUCUGGGAAUGAGGAGUCGUGACGUGCUCCUUCAGUGCCCCUGUACUGCCCUGCCAUCUCAGGCCAAAGGGAGGGGAGCAAGUGGGGACCUGGCCAUGGCCCCUCAGCGAAAACCUAUUCACAGCGGGUGGGGAAACACACACAGCUCCUGCUGACUCCCCUUAUGGAUCUCAGUUUGCUCCUUUUUAUGGACCUUUAAUGGAGAGAGAGUAACCCUCCACAGAAUGUCUGAAUUCUUGCAUUCUUUACCCUUCCAUCACUAUAUUGAUUCUUUUUUUAAAAAACAUCAACCCAAACUCCCGCCUCACUUCGUCUCUACAGAAUGUUCACAGCAAAACACGUUUGGUCUGUUUUUAGAUUCUUGAAGAAUUCAAUAGUCUUUCAAGAUGUUUAAUGUGUUUAAAGCUGGGAACCUGUUGGGAGUUCACAAGUGCUGCAUAUACUGGGUAGCAAAAGAAAAUGGAAAAAAACCCACAAAACAAACUUUAAAAAAAAAAAAAAAAGCAAAUUUGCCAAGGUUUAGCUGCUCAUUUACAUUAGUGUGUGUGCAUUCGUUCAGCCCCAUGGUGGUGAAUUCUGUUUCUUUCUUUCCUAAGGCUGGGACAUGGUGGGCGUCAGGGACUUUGUGCUAAGCCUGAUGAAAUGUGCUCCUUCAAUCUCCAUGAAACCAUCGUAACAUGGAGGCCUCAGCUGCUCUGAGGAGAGAAAUCAGACUUUGUUUUUUGAAAUCGAUUGGGAUCGAAAGCCUGAAAUAAAUAUUCAUACUUUACAUAGAA